AUGAGUCUUGCUAAGAGGAAAAAUGCUAUUCCGAAUGUAACGGGAAACCACCAGAUGAGGAGUUGGAGGGAACUGGCUGAAGCUGAUGAUCUCGCUUCUGCCCUCACUGUUGAUCCUUAUCUUGGCUUUACUACCCAUAAAAUGACAGAUAUGAGGUUAAAAAUUCCAGAAAGAAUCAAAAGGAAGUUUUGUGAUAUCAUAUCUGCCUUUCGGAAAAAUAAGUGUUACGAUACAGCUUUCAACCAGCUGACUGCCGAUCCAAACAUAGUGAAACGGUCUUGGAGUAUUGACCCUCGUUUCAAGGAACAUAUCAAUCGAUACUUGUUAUUAUUUGAUGAUCGUUCUGGCAUUGAAAUUCGACCUUGUUGGCGCUACGCAUCAGAAAAUCAUAUGGGAGCCGCAAUAUAUGCCACAAAAGAUUGGGCGAAAGGGUCUCGUAUUAGUACUUUGGUGGGAUGCAUCGCUAAACUCAAGCAUCAUGAAGAGGCUACAUUCCUUAAGCAACACAAAAAUGACUUUUCAGUCAUGUAUUCUUCUAGAAAAAACUGUUCCCAAUUAUGGUUAGGUCCUGCAGCUUAUGUUAAUCAUGACUGUCGACCUAACUGUGAGUUCACAACUAACUGUGAUGCUGACGCUCGUAUGAGCUUACAGGCUAUAACCGAUAUCAAGUCGGGUGAUGAGAUUUUCAUCUACUAUGGGACAAACUUUUUCGACACAAAUAAUGCAGCUUGCGAGUGUUUUACAUGUGAAUUAUUAGGUCGUGGAUAUUUCAGCAAAUUUAACCAAAGUGUGGAUAUGACAAAUCCUACUAAUGAAUUAUCAUCUCCAAAUACUAUCUCUGACCAGAGGACUCAUCCAAAAAAUAUUGUACCAGCAUUUCAUAAUACUCUUAACAUUUCUACUGAUCAUAAUCAAAUUCUGCGUGAUAGAAUAAAUUCAGUACCAAAUAAUUCUCACUUUGUCAAGUGGGUUGGUUCUCAAGUCACUAAGUCUUUAUCAUUGGAUUUCUUCCUGAAGAAGGGAUCUUCAACUGGUUUGGCUUGUAAAGCAUUGCCUAAUGCAUAUUCCUUACGGCAUACCAGCUAUCGUUUAAAUCGUGUUAAAGCUCGACUUAUUGCUGCAACCAUAGCUUCUGUAAACAAAUCACCUUAUUCGAUUAGUCAUGAGAACAGGACUCCGAGGAUUAUUUCCCCUUAUAAAAAGUGCAUGUUAAGAAAAACUAUUAAGAAAAGCGUUUCAUCUUGCCUACAAAAUGAAUCAAAUUUGCAUUCAUGUGACACAGUUUGUGACAGAAUAGCAUGGCAAGAAUCAGAUGGAACUAGCAGUGGAUUAGGAUACAGUGUUCAUAACGAUUGCAGUAGUGCUUCAAAUAGCCCAUUACCACCUUUAUUGGAUCGUAUGCCAUCAACUUCACCAAAUAAUUCCUUCAGUGAUUCAACUGUUACACCUGCUCUUGGAUCACCCUAUUAUUGUGAUUCAGUAACACAAAUGUUCUCUAAUGAUAAUGAUAGCAAUAUUGGCAAUGACAACAGUAAGAAAACUGUUACAUCAGAUCAUGGAUCUCCGGGUUUUACUUCUCCGUUAACUGAAAUGUACAGUAAUAAUAAUAGCAACAAUAAUGUUAAUGAGCAUAAUAAGAAAACUGUUACGCCUGAUCUUGGAUCGUCCGAUUGUAUUCAUCUGUUAACCCAAAUGUGCAGUAUUGAUAUUAAUGACGUUAAUGAUGCCAAUAUUGACAAUAACAGCAAUAGGAACUCCCAUCCAAAUUUGACCAUCAGAUCCACACCUAAUUCGUUUCUUCUCAAUCAGAUUGCACUUGAAGUCCUGUCUAGCCGGUGA